AUGCACCUGCAACUCACCGUCUUCGGCUACACACAAACCCGCCCGCACACACCCAAACAAAUACGCCUCACAAACAAAUCCGCCUCCACUGCUCCCCUUCCUGCCGACACACACAAAACAACGCCUCCCCUAACCACCCUCUACGCUGGCUUCAAAACUCCCCCCACGUCACUAUCAUACAACCCACACGCCAACACAAACUCCCCAAACGCCCCAACGAACACAACCCACACGCUCCACACGCCACCUCCCACGCACGCCCUCUCUCGUACCACGCCUUCUCUCUACGCCUAA